GCUGGUUUCCGCUUCCGGUGGGGUUGGUGGCUCUGCUUGCCGGGCAGGUGUCUGUGGUGCAGGGAGACUCGGGAUGGGGUAUUAAAGCGACGGCUCCGCUCGCAGUCUGGACUCGAGCGCGGUGGCGGCGCCUGCAGGGGUUAGAGUGGCUGCUCUAGGAAGGCUCUUCGGGGACAAAGAAGUGGGCUGUCCCCAGUGCUGAUGAGGGGGCUCUUUGGCUUAUCAGUGUCUGGCAAGUGGAUUCUGAGAGAGGCCCAGUACUGAUCUGGAAAUUCAUCCCUUUGAGUACCUCACUCUUCUGAGACUAGACCUUACUUCCUUUUGAUCAACUCCUUUUAAAGCAACAUCUCAUCAUGACUGAACUGUCACCUGAAGAAAUUCAAUUGAGGGCCCACCAAGUCACUGAUGAGUCUUUGGAAAGCACAAGGAGGAUUCUUGGCCUGGCUAUUGAGUCCCAGGAUGCAGGAAUCAAGACUAUCACCAGGCUGGAUGAACAAGGAGAACAACUAAGCCGGAUAGAAGAAGGCAUGGACCAAAUAAACAAGGACAUGAGAGAAGCUGAAAAGACCUUGACAGAGCUCAACAAGUGUUGUGGCCUCUGUGUCUGUCCUUGCAACAGAACAAAGAACUUUGAGUCUGGUAAGUCAUACAAGUCAACCUGGGGUGAUGGUGUGGAGAACUCAACAGCCCAUGUUGUAUCCAGCCAGCCAGGACGUGUAACAAAUAAUCAGCCACAGACCACUGGAGGAGCAAGUGGGGGAUAUAUUACACGGAUAACAAACGAUGCCAGAGAGGAGGAGAUGGAUGAAAAUCUCACUCAGGUGGGAAAUAUCCUGGGGAACUUGAAAAACCUGGCCUUGGAUAUGGGCAAUGAGAUUGAUUCACAAAACAAGCAAAUAGACCGGAUAAAUGAGAAGGCGGAUACCAACAAAGAUCGUAUUGAGCAAGCCAAUGCCAGAGCCAAGAAACUCAUCAAUUAAUGAGCUUUCUGCCAUUGUCCAGUGUCUAUCUCCAGUUGCAAGACACCAUUUUCAUAUCUGUGAAAUUUUCUGUAUUUCAGAACAACAGGGGUAGUGGAGUCAGGAAGCGAGUGAAGCAGGUUGCUUUUUAUAGUACUUUCUUUUCUUAUCCUUGUGUGCAGAUUUUGCUUUGACUCCAUCAGAGCAGCAACAUAGCUCCUAAUCAUCUGCCCUACCUUUCUUAAACCUGCUCAUGGCUUAGAACAUUCUCAAAGCUGUAAAACUUUCUCUUUUCCUCCCUCACAACACAAAGUAUUCUAUUAAAAUGGAAUAAAGAGGGUGGUAUAAUUUUGGAUUCAUAGUUGUGGAAAGGUUGGAGAAGAGACUUUACAAGUUUGGGGUUUUUUUUAAUUACUUAGAGUUGUGCAUUCUCACUCAAAUAGAAACUUGGUCAUGCUUAUUACGUGUAUUUCUUAGUUUAGUAGGAUAACCAUAGUUUUACGGACACUUAGUUUAAUUUCCAAUCCACAUAGAAACUACCAAAUUUAAGACAUUCUGGCCCUCUGGCUACUUGUGGGUUGAGGGCUUUAAAACACACACACUGUAAUUUGAAGGAAAUGGGAGGGGAACACAUGCAUUUUCAUUCUUUGAAUGCAAAGUGAUGAUGUAGAGACCAUGGUUAAAAAUUAUGCUGCAUUUUCUGGUAAUACUUGUAUUGUGUAUAUUAUUGGUUUUAAACACCAUGCACCUAUUUUACUGUUGAACAGAAAAAAAAUAACUCUGUUUACAUAUUUAUGCAAUGGAAAAGAUUUUGUAUCGAGCUUCUAAAUAUUUCCUUUAAAAGUAGGCUCAACAAAGCUUUAGAUCAAAAUUUAAGAUUAAUUGAAAACUUAAGUCUCCAGGAAAACAUCAGACAAACUCUGAAUCUGACCUCCUAUAGUAAGCAUGCAAAUUUCCCAUCUGGAUUCCAUAUCAAAUUUACCUCUAUCAGUUCUCCCUGGAAUUUGGGUUGUACCUUUCUCCACUGCAGUACCACAAAUCUCACCAAGUUCUGUUCUCCCACAGUGUGUUAGGGGUAGCUUUUUAAAACUCUGAAUGUACAUUAAAUAACGAAUGAGGGAAUUUCUUCACACAUUUAAGUACAGUUUUUCUUAGUCUUUUAGUUUUUAACCCAUGUAUACAUAAUUCACCCUCUAUUCUGCAUGAUAGUUCUGAACUAUGCAUGUGCUACUUUCCCACCUAAUCUUAAUUUAAAUUAAGUUAUGUAAUUGAUAGCUGCUGUCCACUUAUUCAAAAAGUUAUGUUUCAUGAAGUUAAAUUUUUGCUUGGCAACAUGUCGCAAUAAGCAGAACAUUUAAAAUACUACCUUGCUAUAAUGAAUGCUUCCUAUGAAGGAACUACUUCUGUUCCUCCUUUCUUACCCUGUUCUAGGAAUAAGAUGCUUGCUCUAUCUUUACUAUAAUAAAUCAGUUUAUGGAUUGGACUUCAGAAUCUGUAAUGUAAAAUAUUCCAAAUCCAAGUUGUCUGUGGUGGUAAUUGAGGUUCCUUCUAAUAAUGGAGAAUACCUCAAUUGGCUAGAGUCAAAAAACAAAAUUGUUCACAGGGAAAUUAGAUGUGGAUUCAUGUUUUGUCUUCCAAUAAACCUAGACAAUCUUAUUCUCAAGAUUCUAAUGGUUCUGAUUUGAGAGGUGGAGUGAAGUAGUUAUGACUCUUGUGUAGGCUGAAAGGGAAAUUGAUGAUGAUUUCAAAUAAUGUAAGCUGUGAUAUUUGAAUGUUUGUUGGGAAUUUUUUUCCCCCUCUACUGAUUUAGUUAAGGAAUGACCAAAUUAAUCACAUUCAAGCUUAUUUAUUCUUUGCAGAGUAGUUGUCCAACAUUUUUUUUUUUUUUUUUAGAAAAUCCCAGGGCAGAGAGAUGGGACUUUAACCUGCAAAGAUUUAGUUGAGUAAUUUGGUAACCCCUUAAAUGAUGGGAAUGCAACUCAACUAUGCAUCCCAGCUAUCAGUUUACUGCAGGGGCUACUAUAAAAGAAUUCUGACUAUGACAAAGAAAAGGGAGGACUGCUAUAUACAAUAAGCAGAAAGCCAGGUCAAAUUUUAUGGAAAAUCUAGUCUGAAUAAGGCUUAAGAGACACAACCUUUUGUGGGCGAUGGAAAUUUCUCUGGGGUUGCAUGUUGUCCUCUGUGGCUUCCAAAACAGCUGGAAGGAAAAUGGAUUUUUAAUAAAAUUAACUGUACAUUAAUCCUAGAAGUAGCUAAGGAUAUAUAUAUACACAAAACAUGAGUAGCAAAGAGGCAUUUGUGGUGCCAUUACCUACUGGUACAAUAAAACCCCCAGCAUGUGAAAGCUUAAGGGAUUCCAGUACCCAAUAACACUGCCAUAUACCAACUUAAGAGGCUUACUUGAAAGAACCUUUGUACAGAGCAUGCCUUUUGCUUCUUUUUUUAACUUAAAAGUAGCAAUAUACUGCUGGGAAUGGAAGACUUAAACUGUUGUUCCACGUAUAACAUUGCAGAACUCCUCUGCUGUAAUUCCUUGUAAUAAUGAACGGGAAGGGGAAAAAAGUGUUCCAACAUCUUACCUCAUGUCUCAUUCCCCAAGCUAUUACAACAGAUACUAGGUACAUUGGCUAAGAGGAUGUUGUGUCGGGUACAUGGAAGAUUAAUAUCCCAGGUUAAAAUUGUGCCUUGCAUGAUACUAUUCAUGUUUAUGUAGCUUAUCUGGGAUUCACCUACAACUCUUGUGUGCCCAUGUGAUAUAGCACUGGGAUAUAGCUUGGUUUUUAGCUGAAUAUUAACAUUUGUUUUGUAACGGACACAGAUCUGGGUCCUUGAGGGAGUCAGUGCCUUAAUGUUCCAGAGCAAACUGCACAGCAAUACUGUCUUUUGGCGUUGCCUGUUAGAAGCAUUUAUCUUAUUACACAUCAUACUUCCUUGUUCAUCAUACUUGCUGGACAGAAUAAACAAUUUAUAUGCAUCA